UGGAGCGGGACACAAAAUGCUGCAUAGUACUUCAAUGUAUUGCAUUAACACUGCAAGAUAUGCUGGCUCCAAAACAAAGAUAGAAAAUUGCCAUGUAUCCGAUCUACACUGAUUGCUAUUGCACCAUGUAUUUUAUUAAUUAGUUAUGCAUGAAUGUGCAAUUGUCGGAUUGUAAUAGUCACUCUGGGUAACAUGUUUGUUGGCCAAUAGCAUAGUAUUCCUGAACGAUUUGUUUAAUUCAGUUUAGUGUAAUCGAUAGGGCACGGGUUGAGGAGAUAUGCAGAUUAGGAAGCAGUAAAGUAAUAUUAACACAAAUACUCGAAAUGGAAGUCUUGCGGGAGGAGGAAGCAGCAAUGGGACCAGAGUUUGACCACCAGACAAAAUUCAAGCCCAGAGGCCGCUUGGACAUGAAACACGGAUUUCUGCACCACAUCCGCAGGAACCAGAUUGCCAGAGAUGACUAUGACAAGGAGGUGAAGCAAGCCAAGGAGAAGCAGAGAAAGAGACACACGACCACAGCCACGCCCACCCGGCCGCGGCGCCCAGACAUCCAGGUGUACCACCCCCGACGCAGGAGUGGUCCAGAGACCUCUCCAGGCCUGGAAAACGAGGAAUGGAACGAGAGCAGCUCCAGCACUGAUCCCGACCAGCAAGGCACAGAGCUCUUCUGCUUGGAGUAUGAAGCUGACGGCGGGGAGGUCACCUCGUUCAUUGUACACAAGGAGGAUGCCCCUGACAAGGUGGUGGAGAUGGUUGCUGCAGGAAACAGCCUGGACUCUGUGAUGAAGGCAGCUUUGCGGGCUCGAAUCCAGGAGGAGAUGGACAAGCGCAGUGCUAAGCGCUGAGCAGAUCUGGGGGGGAGUGAUGCUGCUCCCUGAACACUUCUCAACACGGUCCAAGGGCAUGGGAGGAGGGAGAAUAUUUUUUCACAUUUUGUUUGGAAUUGAGCCAAACAAGAUAAUUCUCUGCUUCUGGGGUUAAAGGUAACGCUGUUGUAAAAUACAGGCGUGUAUGUGACCUCCGUGAAAAGAAGAUGGCACAUUGUUCAAGACACAUGUUUUUGCAGAACUGCUGGCAGCCGAGAGCCUUCUGAUCUGAGCUGUCAGUCCAGGGCCAAUGCUCCCACAAAGACUUGCAAGUGGCCAAAGUGGCAGACGUAAGUGCAGGGCAGAUGAGGAAGGGA